UUUUUAAACUGUAAUCCAUAAAAUUAAAAUUGAAGGCCACUUGUUUGUUUGUAGCAGCAACUAGGGUUCUUGACGAUCACUCUCUCUCUCUCUCUCUCUCUCUCCCUAUAAGUAUCCACAGUGCGCGCCUCUUUUUCACUCUUCUUGUAAUCUAUAACCCUAAGCUUGCAGAAACUGAGCAACAAAAGAUUGAGAGAAAGGUAAACGAAACGAAUGGAAGAAACAGCAGAAAGUGAAAUUCCAAGGCCGAUUUUUAGAGACAUAAGACGCUAUUUCUGUGAUUACUGCGGGAUUUGUAGAUCUAAGAAGUCUCUUAUAACUUCUCACAUCCAAACACACCAUAAGGAGGAGAUGAACAAGGAUAAAAGUGAUGAAGGUGUAGAAGCAGAUGGAGUGAAGUCUAAUACUUGUGCAGAAUGUGGUGCUAAUUUUAAAAAGGCUGCAUAUUUGAGACAACAUAUGCGAAGUCAUUCACUUGAGAGGCCAUAUGUGUGUUCAGUUGAUGAUUGCCAGGCCAGCUACAGAAGGAAGGACCACUUAAAUCGCCACCUUCUCAUCCACAAGGGAAAACUUUUUAAGUGUCCUAUCGAAAAUUGCUACCGCGAAUUUGUUGUCCAAGGCAAUGUCAAAAGGCAUGUUAAAGAACUUCAUUGUGAGAGUUCUCCUUGCGCUAAGAUUGGUGAAAAGCAGCAUGUUUGCCAGGAAAGUGGGUGUGGAAAGGUGUUUAGAUAUCUGUCAAAGCUACGUAAACACGAGGAUUCUCAUGUUAAAUUGGAUGCAGUAGAGGCUAUCUGUCUAGAAUCAGGCUGUAUGAAACAUUUCUCCAACAGUCAAUGCCUUAGAGCUCACAUUCAGUCAUGCCACAGAUACACAACUUGUGAGAUUUGUGGGACAAAGCAACUGAAAAAGAACUUGAAGAGACAUCUCCGCACCCAUGAAUCAGGAGGCAGUUCAGUGGAGAGAAUUAAAUGCCAGUUUAAGGAUUGUUGCCAUACAUUUUCUAAUAAAACAAAUCUUAAUCAGCAUGUCAAAGCUGUGCACCUUGAAGUCAAGCCUUUUGCCUGUGGGAUUCCAGGCUGUGAUAAGAGGUUUUCAUUUAAGCAUGUCAGAGAUAAUCAUGAAAAAUCAGGGUGCCAUGUCUAUACUCCUGGUGAUUUUGAGGAGUCUGAUGAGCAAUUCAGGUCAAGACCUAGAGGUGGGAGGAAGAGGAAGUGCCCAACUGUAGAAAUGCUAAUACGCAAGAGGGUUACUCCACCAGCAGAUUUGGACGAGUACCUCACUUGGUUUCAGUCAAUGGCCAGUGAGGAGCAGUCCUGAGUUGGCAUGCUUGGGCAGAUCUUUUGAUGUGCCCAGGAACCAUUUUGUUACUCCCACUGAAUCCUCUCUCUGGAAAAUAGAUCUGUGGUAUUAAGUGUAUAGUUCCGCUAGGUAUAUAAUAGUCCUUUUUCUUGGUCACUCUUACAAUCCAAGGAACUUUCAAUAGAUAAAUUUUCUUGGACAGAUAAUAUUUUGUUAUUGAUAUAUACACCAAAAUAUACCUCUUCCAAUUGUUUUA